UUAAGGGAAAUAAAGUUAAACAUUACAGUCCCUCGAUAGCUUGCAGUUGCUCCACGCUGAUCCCCAUCUGAGACUGGCUCCCACAGCAUCGUCGCCGCUCUCUCCGCAAGAUAAAUUAGAAAGCAAGUUUUUUUGAAAAAUUAAAAAAAGAAUGAGAAAAGGGGGAAAAGAGGAAGUGGAUGGAAAGGGCGAGCCCAGGGCUGAGAUAAUGAGUGGAAUCCUGUGAGAGUUGAUUCAUGCCAUUGCAGAUAUAAACAUACUCGCUCCUAGUUUUAAACGCCCAAUGGGAGAAAUUGCAUUCUUUUCUUCAUGCCUGGCUAGCGAGCAGUCACGCCUUUCUACCCACCGGAGAAUUGAAACCUAACAACUGAGAGAAGCUAGAUCACCCUGUGUGGUCCAAAACAAGCUGAAAGAAACGAAACUGAAUGUGGAGCAGGGACUGAACUGCAGAGCUGCCUGCGAGAUGGCCUCCAGGAAACCGAGCAAGGAUUUAACCUGCUCCCUCUGCCUGUCUCUAUUUGUGGAGCCCGUGAGGCUGGACUGUUGUCACAACUUUUGUAAAUCCUGCAUCCUGAAGAUUUGGGGGAAACAUCGUCAGGUGGUGUCCUGCCCACAAUGCCGAGUGGUUCUCCCUAGGAGAGGUUACACCAGUAACAGGACCCUGUCCAAUCUGUGCGAGGCGGCUCGGCAGCUCGAAUCGAACCUAAAGCUGGGCGCGGAGCUGCCUGGCCGUGAGGAACAAGGCGAGAAGCUGAACCAGGGCGGGGAGAAGGACCCAUCCCUCUGUCAGGAACACGGGCAGAAGCUGGUGCUGUUCUGUGAGGACGAUGAGAUUCUGGUCUGUGUCAACUGUGUUGAUUCUCCUCCACAUUCCGACCACAGAUUCCUGCCAUUGGAGAAGCCUGUUCGAAAGUAUAAGGAUUCAUUGAAAUCAAUCUUAAAUUCCAUGAAGGCUAGAGAAAUAAUUGAAAGAGAAUUAAAGCAGCAGCAGGAGAAGGAGAUUUCCAAAUUGCAUGAAUUCACAUCAUCCCUGGAGCAAGACAUCUCUGCACAAUUUGCCAAAAUCCAUCGAUAUCUUGAAGACAAAGAGAAACACUUAAUUGAAGAACUGAGGAACCUGAAGGAGGAAGAUCUGCAACCAAUAGAAGAGAGUCUGAAAAGAAUUGAGGAAGAGCUAACAUCCCUUGAGGGGAAUAUAGUGAAGCUUGGUAUACAUGUUGAGCAGCAAGAUGGUAUCUCUUUUCUCAAGGAACUGAAAAGAUUAAAAGAAAGAUACUUACACAAAGAGGAUGAAGAGGAUGAAGAGGACUUUUCAUGGAGUGAUGAAGAUAAUGAAAUAGUGAUAUUUCCAAGAAGGAAUUACAGAAGAUAUUAUGGUCCAUUACUUUACUCAGUGUGGAAGGAAUUGAGGCAGAUCAUCUCUCCAUUUCCAGCCUCACUGACCAUGGAUCCAGACACAGCUCACCGUAGCCUCGUCCUGUCUGAGGAUUUGACCAGUGUGACAAUCAGCCCUAGAAAAAACCUGCAGCUUCCUGAUAGCACAGAGAGAUUUGAUCAGCAUCCAUGUGUUUUGGGGUCACAAGGAUUCACAUCAGGGAAGCACUACUGGGAGGUGGAGGACCAGCUGAAUGCAUCCUUGGAUUCCAUGGAGGAGGAAAAGAAAUGUAAGAGUGAAUUAAAACAACAGCAGGAAGGGAAGAUUUCAGAACUGGAUGAGCUCUCUGUGUCACUGGAAGAAGACAUCUCCACCCAGUUUGCUAAAAUCCGUCAAUAUCUUGAUGAGAAAGAGAAACAUUUAACGGAAGGUUUGAGGAGACAAAAGCAGGCGGAUCUGCGACUGAUGGAAGAAAAUCUGAAAGAAAUCAAAGUGGAAAUAAUGUCACUUGACGAGAAGAUAGGGAACCUUCGUGCAGACAUCGAGCAGCAAGAUGGAAUCGCUUUUCUCAAGGAACUGAAAAGGUUGCAAGAAAGGUACCUGGACAAUGAGGAGGAAGGAGACGAUGAAGAGGAAGAUUCACAGAGCAGUGAAGAUGAAGAAAUACUGACAUUUCCAAGAGAGAAGUACAUAGCAUUCCAAGGCCCUUUACUCUACACAGUGUGGAAGGAAAUGAAACAGAUUAUCUCCCCAGUUCCAGCCUCACUGACCCUCAAUCCAAAAACAGUGGAUCUUAACCUCGUCCUGUCGAAGGACCUGACCAGCGUGAGAGCCGGAAACAGCACAUUCAUGCUUCCUAACAAUCCACAGAGAUUUGGUGCCGUUCCAUUCGUCCUGGGAUCGCAGGGAUUCAUAUCAGGAAAACACUACUGGGAGGUGGAGGUGGGGGACAAGACUGAGUGGGCAUUGGGUGUGGCCGAAGAGUCAUCCAGCAGGAAAGGAAGCUUGCACCUAGGACCAGAAUAUGGUUACUGGACUGUGUGGCUUAACAGUGGAAACGAAUAUAAAACUAAUGAUUGUCCAUCUGCCCAACUGACUCCAAGGGUGAAACCCAAGAUCAUCGGAGUUUACCUGGACUUUGAGGGAGGACAGGUGAUCUUUUACAAUGCUGCAGAUAUGUCUGUUAUCUACACAUUCAUUGACAUAUUCACUGAGAAACUCUUUCCUGUUUUCUAUCCUGGAUCAAGUGAUAUUGCUCCUCUUGUACUGCGUCAUUUUGAACUGUAGAAGUAAAUUCUAGAUAGUGUCAGAGAGUGGGGAGCAUGUGAGCACUGUUGGGUGAACAUUCCACAUGCUACCAAUAACUAUCGAGGUGCAUCUCGAAACAGCACUAAGAAGAGGGCAUUUGAUGAUAAAUGGUGGAGAUGAGAGCCUGCAUUGCAAAGUGCUUUUUGUCCUGACAGUUUGGAGUGUGCUCACUGACUGGAGUGUGUCUUACUGUGCAGGCUGAACUGAUUCUAAUUGGGCUUCCUGUCCCCUCGCGUCAGUUGCCCAACCCAGGACUCUUCAUUCCUGGUCCUUCCCCUGGCAGAGCCUCUGCUACUUUUUGAAUCUGGCCUCUGUGUAACUCGGCAAAUUAAUGACAGUUGCUGUGAGGAAAAUGCAGCAACAUCUUUUACACACAAGGCAGAGUUUAGUAAUCAUAAAUAUGUACAUAAUUGGGACCAGGUAAAGAUUUGCAUCACUGUAAUCUGGGAACACAGGCCUUCGCAACUCAGAGCGAACCAUAAGCAAUUACAAAGAUUUUGCUAGGGGACAGACCACAAUUUUUCAAGAAGAGAACAUUGCGAGUCAGAAAUCUAUUAUUUGUUAACACAGUUCUGAUUGUGCCUCAGUUGUAGAUGUUGCUUAAUUCUAAAAUUUUAUCUUACAACAUGAGAAAUAACAUUUCUUUAUAAAGUCAGGGUUUAUUGUUGACAUUUCUUGUCAAGUUCUUCUGUGCUGUGUGACUCUCAGAUUCUAUCUGAUUUCGGCAGUUGUGCAAUUUAAGUCUGAGAUAAUGGGAACUGCAGAUGCUGGAGAUUCCAA